CUUGUGUAUUUUCAUUUAAUUUGCAUAAUAACUUAAAGACCGCAUUCUCUGUCUCUCUCUCUCGCCGCCUCCACUUCUCUCUUCAAAAUCUCACUCAAAAUUCCCUUUCAAACCAAGAAAAACAGAGUAUACUCUUUUGAGUUUUCUCUUUUCAAUCAGUUCAAGCUGGCGAUCGAAAAUCAAGAAACCACCGUCCGUGAAAUCAAGCCCAAGAACAGGAGAAUCAUGGGAGCUGGUGGACCUGAUGAAGAAGACAACAGGUGGCCUCCAUGGCUGAAGCCUUUGUUAAGAGAACAAUUCUUUGUUCAAUGCAAGAUUCAUAUUGAUUCUCACAAGAGUGAAUGCAAUAUGUACUGCUUAGAUUGCAUGAAUGGUGCUCUCUGCUCUUUCUGCCUGUCUUAUCACAAGGAUCAUCGUUAUAUUCAGAUUAGGAGGUCUUCAUACCAUGAUGUGAUAAGGGUGUCUGAGAUACAGAAAUACCUGGACAUAUCUGGAGUCCAAACUUAUGUUAUUAACAGUGCUAAGGUUGUUUUCCUCAAUGAGAGGCCACAGCCUAGGCCUGGAAAAGGUGUCACCAACACCUGUGAGGUCUGUGACCGUAGCCUUGUGGACUCCUUCCGGUUCUGCUCUCUUGGUUGCAAGAUUGUUGGAACAUCAAAGAAUUUCCAGAAAAAGAAGAGGCACCUAGCCAUGGCAUCAGACUCUGAGGAUUCAUACAGCAGCAGCAGCCAUGGAAAGCUGAAGAGCAGCAAUAAAGAAAACAACAUUAGCAGCAAAGUGCAGAGCUUUAGUCCUUCAACACCCCCUCCAACCUCCGUUAAUUACCGAACUGCCAAGCGAAGAAAGGGGAUUCCCCACAGAGCCCCAAUGGGAGGACUAAUCAUAGAAUAUUAGCCUGUGCUCUAUAACCAUAGUGCUUUUUCGAGUUCUAAAAAUAUAUUUUACCCUAUUAGCCCCCCACAUAUACAAAACUCAUCGGUCACCAUGCCUAACCUUUUCCCUUGAAAAGAGCCGGCAUUGUCACGCUCCCCUUAGCUCUCUCUCUCUCUAGUAUUUCUGUAUAUAGAAGCAGCA